GCUGCCGAAACCGGAAGUUGCAGCGACAAGUACUCGCUUGGAAGAGAAGAUGAUAAGGAUUCGCAAACAAACAUCAUAAAUCAGGCAUUUGAUUCUCAUUUGUGCGGCGAUAUCUUACAAAAGAAAGAUAAGUACAUGAUACCCUGAAGAUGUCAGUCAGGAACUAAACCCCCCUCGGCUCUGUGGAUUUGAAGUAUGUAUCGUGGUAAUGUUAUAUUAUCAAAUGGAUCUGUGGCUUCCCCAUAUGGCAUUGUACCUGGACAGCAGCAGCAACGGCCAGUCGUGGUGAAUUCUAUGUACCGAUUUGGUCAACAGACUCAACAAGCCACAUACAGGACUCGAUUACCUGCUCAAGCUGUUUCUGGACAGCCAUUGCGCAUGCCAGCAGUGUCAGCAAGGUAUGGUUCCUUACCGUAUACAGUGAAGCCCACCCCUUUGGUUCCGACGGUAGCAGUCAGAAGUCAGACCCAGUCCCAGCAGUAUAGUUCCACAGUUAUUGGAGGUUCUGGUCAAACACAGCAUUAUUCUUCUGUAAGAAGUCAAACUCAACAGUUCUCAGCGGGACCAAAACCUGCCCCAAAUGUACCGAUCUGUGUAAACAUACUCAACAACAACGCUAGCGCUGCUGCUGGCGCCCCCUUACAGCAAUCUGCUGUGGAGAAUGAACAGAUACGGAGAGUGAUACUUCAGAAGGCAAACAUUCAUCAGAGCCCAGGGAGUAAAACGGUUGUUACUAACAACACUAUUGUCUCCAAUAACACUAUCAUCAGAAACGAUACGCAUGAUACGGUCGUGAGGAACAAUACCAUCGUUGCUAAUAAAACUCUGGUGGCAAACAAUACGCUAGUAUCAAAUAGUACGCUGGUGAAAAAUAUCAAUCUUGUGAACAAUUCUCAAAUUGCUGUAGCAAACCUUGCCAGUAGAACUCCUAAUCUUCCACAGCAAAUCAGAUUCGCUAACCAGUAUAAUGCAGAAAUUCUGAAACAGAUUGAUGCAAAAAGAAGUAAAUUAUUAGCCCAACAAUAUUACAACAGACAAAGGUUUAGUCCUGUGCCUCAUAAUCAAACCAACAGUCAAAAAGAAAACGUAAAUUUAAUCCGCCUUCAAACUGAAAAAUAUCAAGGUAGUGAUAUCAGAGCGAUUGAAGGAAGAACUUCACCUGCUAAUUUGGACAGAAGUAUUUCUCCUGACUGCAUUGAAAGAAGCAUUUCACCAUUGGACACUGAAAAGAAUAAUUCACCAUCUAAAGAAGACAAUUCACAAGGUGACUCACUGAGUGACACUGAACCAAGCUGUUCAUCUACUGCAAUUAAAAGAAAUAUUUCCCCUUGUGAGUUUGAAAAAGUUGUUAAAUCAUCUGCGGACCAAAUCGAAGAAGAGAUUUCAGACAUGGCAUCAAAGAAUUUUGAAAGGCCACGUAGCAGAGACUCGAGACCAAAUUCCAGAAACUCUGAUUCAUAUCAGGAUCGGAGUUCAGGAAGUGGAAAGAGACGUGCAGACUCGCCCCAUGGGGAUGAUACAAAGCGAGUUCGAGGCCUGCAGUGGGGACAAGGUGUGGAGAAUGAUGUUGCCCAUUACCAGAACCCUGCCUAUGCUGGAACCACAAAGGCAAGUCAAGACAUGUUGGAUUACUUCCUCAAGAAUCACCAGACUGAGUCAGCAUUACAGAAGAAAAUGGAGUUGAGGGACGCACUACUCGCAAUAAUAACUGCAGCUUUUCCUUAUUGCAGUCUGUACAUUGUUGGAUCCUCUAUGAGCGGGUUUGGUACUAUGUCCAGCGAUAUGGAUCUCUGUCUAAGUUUAAGUGACAAACAUAUUGAUCAGACAAAGGAAGCACCAGAGAUUCUGUACCACAUUAAAAAGGCCCUGGCCAACUGUACCUUCCUGAGGGACGUGGUAGUUAUCAGAGCCAAGGUGCCGAUCCUUAGAUUCACUGAUAAAAUCAGUGAGGUGGAAUGUGAUGUGAAUGUCAACAACGUUGUUGGUAUCAGGAAUACCCACCUGCUACGUUAUUACUCUCAAGUUGACUGGCGGGUUCGGCCUAUGGUGCUGUUUGCCAAGAAGUGGGCUCGUUUCCAUGAUAUCAAUGAUGCCUCCAAAGCUACCAUCUCCAGCUAUUCCCUAAGUCUGAUGAUAAUCCACUACCUGCAAUAUGGCUGUAGUCCGCCAGUUCUGCCGUCCCUACAGAAACUACAUCCAAACUUGUUUGCAAAAAACAUCGACAUCAGAAACUUGAAAAUGAACCAUCAAAUGGACUUCAAAGUGCAGAACCGCCAACCCCUUGGUGACCUGUUUGAGGGAUUUCUGGAGUACUUCACCUACAAAUUCGAUUUUGAAAAUGAUGUUAUAAGUGUAAGAAUGGGUACAUCUAUGACAAAGCGUAUGGCUGUUACCCAGUCUGGGGAAGAAAAAAGCUGGAAACUUCUGAAAAUUGAAGAGCCUUUUGACUUCACCAACACAGCCAGGUCUUGUUAUGAUGUAAACAUCUUCGAAAGAGUGAAGAGAGUCAUUCGUGUUAGUCAUCGAAAGCUGAAACAGACUGGAAAGAUGUCCUCACUGUUUGAAUAUCCAUUCUAAGUUUGGACAAAAGACAGAAACUGUUCUCAAGAUGUCUUAUGAUCAUCAAUUCGGAUUUAUAAGAUAUUUCAGCAGAAAAGGACCAACAUGUGCUCGAUAAUCUGUUCUGAAACCCAUUCAGACCCUGAUUCAGUAUUAUAUAUCUUGAAAUCAUGAUCAGAAAGCUUUAGAGCAAACACAAAAACCGAAAUAUAUGAUCAAGUCGAUUCAUCCUUUCCGAUUUUUUAUAAGAAAUAAUUAUAGGAGAAUAUGUAUGAUCAAUUUUGGUUUGAAUAGGAUGUCAAGUCUUAAGACUAGUCUCUGAUCCACUGAAAACGCUUUGAAUAGGAGGAACUGGUCAGAUAUAUGACUUGUAGAGGAACAUUGAGCAAACAUAGCAUCUACAAAUAGUGAAAGCGAUGGCUGAAGUCAAAGUUUAAACUAGUGGAAACUUUUAUCUUUGUUAGCAGGAGCUCUUCAAGAAAUCUGAAAAUUUUCCCUUGGCUUCCUCUGAAACUGAUCAGCAUUCUGUCUGGAACAGAAUUUUCUACAUUGCGGCCAAUGUGUACAGCACUAGUCCUACUGGCACCGAUAUACUCUACUGUGGAUACCAUGAUGGGAAUUUGUGAUUUAAAAGUGUAUAUAUCUCUGAACUGAACCAGUCGCACUAGAUGUGUUGACUGACCUGACAAGACUGGUUCAGGCAUCUUUAGAGCGAUACAUAUAGUGUUAUGAAGGGAAAUCAUUCUGCAGAAAUGAGAGCAGAAUUCAACGUCUGUGACAAGCUGGUGUUAUAUAGGGAAAUCAGUCUCGAGAAAUGAGGACGGAAUUCAAAGUUUGUAACACAAGCGAGUUUUUGCAGAAAGAUAAAAUUUUGAAUCACAGAAUUUUCCAGCCGUAUUUGACAUGCACAAGUUAUGAGUUGACUCGGUUCACAAUGACAAUUGUGUUAUCUUAAAUUGCACCAGAAUCACUUAUUAAAUCAACAUUGCUGUGUCCUUGUAUACUAUACGAAAUCCAGUGAUGACUGAAAAAAACAUUCAAAUUAUUACUCUUGGACUUGGUGAUAAUCUUUAAACGUACUGUAAAAGCAAGUUUACACUGUAUUUUGUGAUUGACAGUCAAGUGUUAACCCACAUGUGUGAAACCUGCAGUUUAGUGUUGGCUCUUUUUCUUGUCGGUGUGAUAGCAGUACAUGGUCGUGGGGUAUAGGUAUGUGUAAGAGGGGAUACAGCUACGUGUUAAGACAGGUACCUAUUUAGAGGAAUACUGUUAGUAGUGUUAUAGGUACAUGUGAGUGUUGAUAAGUUGGGGAAAAAAAACUUGUACAUUUUUGUGAAGAUAUAGAUAUAGAAGUUGAAGUACAGGUUAAUUCAUGCAUAUAUAACUGGUGCUAGUGGAGUAGAUAACUGUAAAUUAAAAAUUAGAACAUUUCAUGAAGGAACUGGAGAUUGUUGUGUGACCAGUAAAAUAGUUACCCUCGGUUACAUGUGUACACAGUAAAAUAGUUACCCUCAGUUACAUGUGUACACAGUAAAAUAGUUACCCUCGGUUACAUGUGUACACAGUAAAAUAGUUACCCUCGGUUACAUGCGUACACAGUAAAAUAGUUACCCUCGGUUACAUGUGUACCCAGUAAAAUAGUUACCCUCAGUUACAUGUGUACACAGUAAAAUAGUUACCCUCAGUUACAUGUGUACACAGUAAAAUAGUAACCUUCGUUACAUGUGUACCUAGUGAUAGUUACCCUCGGUUACAUGUGUACACAGUAAAAUAGUAACCUUCGUUACAUGUGUACCUAGUGAUAGUUACCCUCGGUUACAUGUGUACACAGUAAAAUAGUAACCUUCGUUACAUGUGUACCUAGUGAUAGUUACCCUCGGUUACAUGUGUACACAGUAAAAUAGUAACCUUCGUUACAUGUGUACCUAGUGAUAGUUACCCUCGGUUACAUGUGUACACAGUAAAAUAGUAACCUUCGUUACAUGUGUACACAGUAAAAUAGUUACCCUCGGUUACAUGUGUACCCAGUAAAAUAGUUACCCUCGGUUACAUGUGUACACAGUAAAAUAGUAACCUUCGUUACAUGUGUACCCAGUAAAAUAGUUACCCUCGGUUACAUGUGUACCUAGUGAUAGUUACCCUCGGUUACAUGUGUACCUAGUAAUAGUUACCCUCGGUUACAUGUGUACCUAGUGAUAGUUACCCUCGGUUACAUGUGUACCUAGUGAUAGUUACCCUCGGUUACAUGUGUACCUAGUGAUAGUUACCCUCGGUUACAUGUGUACCUAGUGAUAGUUACCCUCGGUUACAUGUGUACCUAGUGAUAGUUACCCUCGGUUACAGAAGGGUAGUUAGGGUUCAGUGCGGACUAGAAAGUGACUGGUGUCUGAUAUGUAUAGUAUUCAAUAAAUUAUAAACUAUACCCACAUAUAAAUGAGGAUGCUAAAAUUCAUAUACUUGUUUAUUAUUGUACAUUGUAAAAAUUAUAUGAUUUGUUCAACAUGAGAAAUGUUCCAUUUUAUUUCAUUUGGUUUUUACUAACCACCUGAUAUACUUCAGUAUAUUAUCUCCUUGAACUUAGUAAAGUUAUUCAAAAAUUCUUUUACUUUAAACUGAGUUAGAAAAAAAUUCCAAAAUAUGGCGCAGAAAAUAAAACUGAGGAGGGUCUGAGUCUUCAAGUGUAAAGUGUACAGGGAAUGUUUUGGUCAGUGACACGCUUGGUUUUUUGGGCGAGUUCCAACUGUGUUAAUGGAGAUGAUAUCAAAGUAUUUCAGUUAGUAAGUAAAAACCUCAUUCAUAAAAUUAUAACUUGAAAAAAGCAAAUUUUCACAACGAUUUUAGUUUUUUCAUGGUCAUGGUACAAUGAAUAUUUCAUGUAGUGUUAGAAGUUAAUUACUUAUGAAGUAUUACUGUACAGAGUGCUAUAUAUAUGAUUUUUGAGAGAUAACUUAUCAUUGAUUUAGGGCAGGAGAACGAUAAACAUCAAAUGUAUGUAUAUUUGUUUCAAGGUAACUGUACCAUACUGAUAUGUCUGUUUUGAGAGAAUGUUAUACAUGUUAAUGAAAUCUUGUCGUACUGUAAUCACAAAUAACAUAACCAAUUAUCAAUUUUUGCAAAUUCAUUCUCUUUCAUAAGUAUUUGCAAGAGUUUGAUGAUUGCAAGUUCCGAGACCAAUGCACAUUAUACAUUUUAAAUAAGAGGGACGAUUACAUGGAAACUAGUAUUAAUCCUUCAUAUGUCCAUGUAUACAGUUUUGUGUUCAACACUGUUGCCAUAGUGAAAUUAUCAAAACCAUUCUGUGCUUUUCGUUUAAGUCAGGAUGUCAAUUACAAUCUCCCACUUUGUCUAUAGAGUGAGAUUACAGACUGUAUACUAAUAAUAUAUUAUUUAAUUAUUUCAGUCAUUUUGUAAGGCUUUUUUUCCUUUUAUAUGAGAAUUUAUAUUAGUACAACAUACAUUUUAUCUGUAUCUUAGAGAAUAUGUAAAACUGUAUACUAGUUAGUCUAUUAAAGCAUAUACCAGGGGUCAAUUUCAACAAUAUUCUUUAACCUAAAAUUUUGCAUUGGAAAGCAUUACAGAAUUUUUCGUUUAAAUUAAGUACUGUUUUCCUAUGGAAUAAUUCAAGUUAUGGAAUGUUGAUGAAACUAUGGCCAGGUAUAUUGUGUAUGGUUUAGUAUUUAUUAUUUAAGUAGAUUUAAAGAAAAAUGUGGUGUAUUUUUUGUAUAAUAUGCACUUUUGAUUUACUACUAUGUACCAGGUAUACAAAAAUGAGUUGACUGACACUGCCCUAUUGUAGAUAAAAUAUCACUAGUACUACAGCUAGCAGAUUUAUAUAUCACGAGUAGAACAGCUAGCAGAUCUAUAUAUCACCAGUAAAUCAGCAAGCAGAUUUAUAUUAGUGCCGACUGUGUGAUAUGUACGUUAAAAUCACUAAAUCCAUGAAAUUGAGACUAUCGAGUUAUUUAUGACAGAAAAAUAAUUGUACAUGGUUAAAGGUUACCAGUUUAAGUUAUCAUACAAAUAACAUAGGUGUAAAAAUAAACCUGUUUAAGUUGAAUUUAGAAACUGUUUGAUAUAUAUAGAUUCUCAUCAGACUGAAAGUUUUGUUAUGGCUGGUCCAGACUUGCAUUAAUAUUGUCUGAUAAAGAAUAGCAGAAUUGGUCCUGAGGAUAAAAAGGACACGAAAAAUAGUUUUACUCCUACUAUCAAUGAUGAUGUUUUAUGAUAUCUCAAUUCAAAUUUGCAAUCAGACCAAAGUGUAAAGUAAACAAUCAAGCUAUUGUAUUGCUGUUAGAAAAGGAAGAAGUAAUAUUAAAAGGUCAACUGCAGGGGCAUAGAGUCUAGAAAAGUCCUUGAAUGAACUGAUGGCUUUGCAAAGCCUUAAAUCCUGGCCUAUGUAUGUCCGUAUAAACUCAUUUAUUUUCCAUGCAUUUAACUACACAGGGACAUAAAUAUGGGGAAAUGCAAAUUAAGUUGAAAUUUGGAGAGUGACUCUUUGUUUAAAACUUGGGUGCAUGAAUUCAAAGACGUAAUUUUAAAGAUGAAUUGCUUGUUGUGUUGCACUUAUUGGCCUGAAAAAUGAUGAAUUUACACUGAAUUGCAAGUUAAAUGUGUGACUGAGGAUCCAUACCUUGCAAAAAUAUUUAAUGUAAAAUGUGUUUUAUUCCAUUGCAAUAACAUUUGUUGAAAUUGAAAAUUAAUAUCAUGGCUAGUAUUGUUGCGGCAGAAGAUGAUCUUGCUAAGAAGGUUAACAUCUAUUAUAAAAUAAACUUAUUAGUAAAAUAUAUCAUUGAGAUAACUGAGACAACUAUAAUUGUUCUGUGUGGUGAUUGAUAUAUUGAUAUUCUAUGUAAAGAUGUAAGCAGUAUUGUGGUAUAUAAACCAUAUUUAUUAGUUUCCUACAGGUGAAACUGGGAGGACUAUUGGUUUCCUCCCCAUCUGUCAGUCCGCCCACUCAGUUUCCCUCAUUUUUCUCAGCCAUGUUUCAACUUAAGUUGAUGAAAGUUAGUAUGCAACUUCAGUAUGAGUAGCUACAGAUAAGGUUUGAGUUUCAGGUUUUUUUUGUUAUGGUCAAGGUUACUAAAAAGUGUAUAUUUAGCAGGGGCUGGUAGGGUACAUGUAUUGCUUUGGAGUAUAAGCAUUACCCAGCAUGCUUGUUUAACUUUUCAAGUCUUGCCCAUCCAACACAAUUUAAAAAGCAGCAAUGUAUUUUUUAUUGGAGUGACAUUUUUUCUUAAUUUUCAUACAUUCAUCCAUGGUCAUUUCUCAUCUGUGGUCCUGGGAAGAGGAAUUAGGUUGGGACUUUGUGGAGUUAUAGCUUUUUUGUAUCAAAAGCAUUGUUACAAGAUGAUUAAUUUUAUUCAUUUAUAGUUCACAGAAGAUAUUCUUUGAAAAGUUAAAAUGAAUUGUUUGAAAAAUUGAUUGUGAAAUUCUAGUUUCAGUUGAAAAAUUCAUUCCUUCUCUGUUUGAACUCUUAGAUAAAUGCAUAAGCUUUAAGUAUUACAUAUUUCUAAAUUACAUUUUCUUUUAUUAAAACAUUCAAUCCAUGCAAUUUAAAAUCAUGAGAAUUAAAUUAGUUGCCAUUUUCUAACUGGUGACUUUUGGAUUUACCAAGUAUGUUCACCUUUUUUGCAAGAUCUUUUUACUUCAGCUUUCAAUCUGGAAUUAUUCUUGCAUGGAAUUUUGUUUUUCAUUCACUAAUUCAGCUUUGGUGAUUAUGUAAGUAGACUUUAGGUCUUAAUUAGCAAUAUGUUAGUGUUGUGAAUGUGUUGUCUAUCAAAUUGUUUCGUAGAUUGUGAUGUGUGUUGUUAUACCUUAGUAAAUGUACAUUUAGUAUAUCAGAAUAAUAUAUUUCAUCAGCAGAUUAGCAGUUUAUCCUGUGUUUGACAUUUGAGAUUAUUAGAUUUUUGAAAAUUUUGUUACUACUGACCAAGGCAGGUAUACCAUUUUCUUGUUUAAAUCAUAUUCUGUUCAUCAGUCCUCAAGUCAAAUAUCUUUUUGAUUAAGUACUCACAAGGCUCCCACCUCAGAUAGCCGACAAGCUAGGCAGUCUGUACUGAUUAAGUACUCACUAGGUACCCAGAUAGCUGACAAGUUAUGCAGUCUUUACUUGAUUAAGUACCCAGAUAGCUGACAAGCUAGACAGUCUGUACUUGAUUUAGUACUCACUAGGUACCCAGAUAGCCGACAAGUUAGGUAGUCUGUACUUGAUUUAGUACUCACUAGGUACCCAGAUAGCUGACAAGCUAGACAGUCUGUACUUGAUUUAGUACUCACAAGGUACCCAGAUAGCCGACAAGCUAGGCAGUCUGUACUUGAUUUAGUACUCACUAGGCGCCAAGAUAGCUGACAAGUUAUGCAGUCUGUAUUUGAUUUAGUACUCACUAGGUACCCAGAUAGCUGACAAGUUAGGCAGUCUGUACUUGAUUUAGUACUCACUAGGUACCCAGAUAGCCGACAAGCUAGGCAGUCUUUACUUGAUUUAGUACUCACUAGGCGCCAAGAUAGCUGACAAGCUAGACAGUCUGUAUUUGAUUUUGUACUCACAAAGUACCAAGAUAGCUGACAAGCUAGACAGUCUGUACUUGAUUUAGUACUCACUAGGUACCCAGAUAGCUGACAAGCUAGGCAGUCUGUACUUGAUUCAGUACUCACAAGGUACCCAGAUAGCUGACAAGCUAGACAGUCUGUACUCAGUCUGUACUUGAUUUAGUACUCACUAGGCGCCAAGAUAGCUGACAAGCUAGGCAGUCUGUACUUGAUUAAGUACUCACAAGGUACCCAGAUAGCUGACGAGCUAGGCAGUCUGUACUUUAUUUAGUACUCACUAGGCGCCCAGAUAGCCGACAAGCUAGGCAGUCUGUACUUGAUUUAGUACUCACUAGGUACCCAGAUAGCUGACAAGUUAGGCAGUCUGUACUUGAUUUAGUACUCACUAGGUACCCAGAUAGCUGACAAGCUAGACAGUCUGUACUUGAUUUAGUACUCACAAGGUACCCAGAUAGCCGACAAGCUAGGCAGUCUGUACUUGAUUUAGUACUCACAAGGUACCCAGAUAGCCGACAAGCUAGACAGUCUGUACUUGAUUUAGUACUCACUAGGCGCCAAGAUAGCUGACAAGUUAUGCAGUCUGUAUUUGAUUUAGUACUCACUAGGUACCCAGAUAGCUGACAAGUUAGGCAGUCUGUACUUGAUUUAGUACUCACUAGGUACCCAGAUAGCUGACAAGCUAGACAGUCUGUACUUGAUUUAGUACUCACUAGGCGCCAAGAUAGCCGACAAGCUAGGCAGUCUGUACUUGAUUAAGUACUCACAAGGUACCCAGAUAGCUGAAGAGCUAGGCAGUCUGUACUUUAUUUAGUACUCACUAGGCGCCCAGAUAGCAGACAAGCUAGGCAGUCUGUACUUGAUUUAGUACUCACUAGGUACCCAGAUAGCUGACAAGUUAGGCAGUCUGUACUUGAUUUAGUACUCACUAGGUACCCAGAUAGCUGACAAGUUAGGAAGUCUGUACUUAAUUUAGUACUCACUAGGUACCCAGAUAGCCGACAAGCUAGGCAGUCUUUACUUGAUUUAGUACUCACUAGGCGCCAAGAUAGCUGACAAGCUAGACAGUCUGUAUUUGAUUUUGUACUCACAAAGUACCAAGAUAGCUGACAAGCUAGACAGUCUGUACUUGAUUUAGUACUCACUAGGCGCCAAGAUAGCUGACAAGCUAGACAGUCUGUAUUUGAUUUAGUACUCACUAGGUACCCAAAUAGCUGACAAGUUAGGCAGUCUGUACUUGAUUUAGUACUCACUAGGUACCCAGAUAGCCGACAAGCUAGGCAGUCUUUACUUGAUUUAGUACUCACUAGGCGCCAAGAUAGCUGACAAGCUAGACAGUCUGUAUUUGAUUUUGUACUCACAAAGUACCAAGAUAGCCGACAAGCUAGGCAGUCUGUACUUGAUUUAGUACUCACUAGGUACCCAGAUAGCUGACAAGCUAGGCAGUCUUUACUUGAUUUAGUACUCACAAGGUACCCAGAUAGCCGACAAGCUAGACCGUCUGCACUUGAUUUAGUACUCACAAGGUACCCAGAUAGUCGACAAGCUAGGCAGUCUGUACUUGAUUAAGUACCCAGAUAGCUGACAAGCUAGGCAGUCUUUACUUGAUUAAGUACCCAGAUAGCUGACAAGUUAGGCAGUCUGUACUUGAUUUAGUACUCACUAGGUACCCAGAUAGCUGACAAGCUAGACAGUCUGUACUUGAUUUAGUACUCACAAGGUACCCAGAUAGCUGACAAGUUAGACAGUCUGUACUGAUUAAGUGCUCACCAUUAUUAUGAAAUUUUGUUAUUUAUUAGGCUAUAAACUGCAGAAAAAGCAUUAAAGUGACCAUUUGUACAAAAUAAGAUUUGCAUUAUAAUAAGUGUACCAGUGCACCUGUAAAAAGUGGCUAGAACUUUGGAAACUAAUGAUAGUAAGUCUGACAGCACUUUUGUACACAUCUACCGCAAAAAUACCUUUCAAGACCUUCCACAAAUUUUCUACUAUUUCACAAACAGAAUUUCAAGAUUUCUAUAAAUUUCAUUGACCAAUAUAUGUAUUUAUAAUCAGUGAUGUCUUUGUUUCAAACUAUCAUCCUCAAGUCAAUAUCAGUAAUCUUAAUAUAUUUCUAAGUACCAUACAAACAUAUUCAAUAAGUUGUCAUGGUAAAUCUUUCACUAUGGUAGCAUUUUUUUACUCUCUUAAUGUGAUGUGGUUUUGGUUUGAUGAGAGAAAUAUGAUUGGAUUUGUUGUGUUGUUAUUUGUAAUCAGUAUCUAGUAAACCUGUUGCAUCCUUAAGAGUGUACUAGUAAACUGUAUACCUCAUCCAGACUAUUGUAUUAUCUGCAGUGAGAAACUCAUUGAAAAUAAAUAUUUUUCGUUACUUUU